AAAAAAUUGAAAUUAAUAAGUUACAAAUUAUUAUUUUUUUAAACAAAAUCGUCAAGUAAAUCUUAUGUACUUUUGAUGCCACCUUCUUCAUGAAAACCUAAACGUACUCAAUAGUAAUUGAAAAAAAAUGUCUGAAAUUCAGUGAUUACUGUAUAUUGUGGGCUGUUGAAUAAUAUCGAUAAAGAUCGAUAUUCACGUAAUCAUUUGAGCAAGAAAAGAAGUUUGAGACAUUACUGUUUUAUAGACAAACACGCAUAUCUCUUAAAAAACAUUUGUUAAGUGAUUUGUUCCCACUUCCACAAUCUGUACAAACUAGUUAACACGUUAUUAAGGAUACUAAAAAAUACCAGUAAUUUGAUAAAAUCUCAUUAUUAAUUGAUUUCUAAUAAUGAUCACCUACAAACUUCAUCGUUGAUUAUAUGAAAAUGCAUCCUACAGUUCUGGUGAAUGCAAGAUAAUUGUUUGUGAAUCUCAUUAAAGUCUAUCAACCACAUACAAACAUCAGUUUAAUCAGGAAGAAGAUACGGGUUAUAAGCUGUCGUAAACAAUGAAGCAAUCAUCAAAACGCAGCUCUCAAAUAUCUUCUCAAUGUUUCCAAUCUAUCAUGUUUUUCAGUUUAUCAGUGAUUGGUAUUCAGUGUGCGAGCCCACAAAGCAUAUCAUUAACUCAUAAUAAUUGGAUCCACAGUCUCAAUUGCAUAAAAUGCAUAAAUCCACAUGAGCUUAUUCAUGAAAUCCAUCAAUAUGUUCAAGGUAUACAAUCACCAACGUUCUCAUUUAAAAAUAAACAUAAAUUACAUGUCAAUGGUAAUGAUGAUAAUGACAAAUUGAAGCUAAUUAAUCAGAUUCCUAAUAAAGGUAACCGUCAAGCUUUGAUAUUCGAUACAAAACAAACAUUUAAAUAUAAAUAUUUCAAGUGUAAACAACAAAUUACAAAUGUAAAACGGUUACAUAAUAUGUAUAAAAGAUUUAAAAAGAGAACACUUAUCAAAGACCCACAUUAUUCUACCACAUAUGAAUAUGUACCCUUCAUAAAAAGUCCAGCAAAAAUUAUCCACCCUCCUCUUGAAACGAAGGCAAUAGCCGGCGAAUCAGUCUUAUUUUUCUGUCAAGCUGAAGGUAAUCCUCUUCCAAGAGUUGUCUUCCGCUGGAAUGAUAAUGAAAUCACUCAAAAUCGACCAGGUUUGCAAUUUAAAGAAUUAUCCGCAGAUAGCGUUGCUCUACGUGCUAAGUUAGAGCCAAAUCACAACGGUGAUACUGUUACAUGUUUUGCACAAAACCAUGUUGGAUCCGAUUCAGCUACGGCACAAAUUUCUGUAUACAAUGCUAAUGAAAAUAAUCUUACAAUUGCUUAUCAUUUUCUUCAACAAAGAGGCAUUCAAUUCCCACCGACAAUUAAUGAAAUGCCUGAUAAAGUUGAAGUAUCUUCUGGUAAAGGAACAAAUUUGACUUGUCGAGCAGGAGGCUUUCCAAUACCUAUGGUUUGGUGGUCAACAUUAGGUACACCAGCUGGACCAAGACCUUCAGGACCAAUUAUGCUAUCUGAACGUGCUUUAACAGAGCCACAACCACACGAAGCAACAUUACGUUUAACAGAUAUCACAGAAUCAUCUGGUUACAAUUGUAUUGCAAAAAAUGGUCUUGGUCUAGUAAGAAGAAAUGUUAGUGUGAUUGUAAAGCAACUCCCUGCUCCACCGUCAAGUCUAGAUGCACGACCAAUUGGCAGUACUUAUGCUGUAUUACGAUGGCCACCAAGUAUAUCAUCUGGUGUUGAUUCAUACACUGUUAGUUUACAAAUUGAUGAUGGUGGUUUAGGUGAACUUAGUCGACGUCAGAUAACAAAUAUCGAUCCAUCUGAAAUGAAAUCAGAAAAUUCAUUUAGUUUAUUAGAUACAAAGUAUUCUAAUGAAAAUCCAAUGAUUCUUUAUAAUCUAACUGGUCUUAGUCCAUUUACUUUAUAUUCAGCUCAAGUUCACGCAGUUAGUCGAGUAGCUGGUUUGUCAUUACCAAGUGAUUUAGUAAAAUUUCGUACAGCAGAACUCGCACCUGGGACACCUCCUCAAGUAUUACAAGCCAUUGUUGAUUCUCCAGACUCUGUAGUAGUAACCUGGAAAUCACCAGUUGAAUCUAAUGGUCGUAUUACUGGUUAUAAAUUGUAUUAUACAACUCGACCAGAAGAUUCACUUAACUCAUGGUUAAUUGCUAGAACAACACAAGAGAAAUAUCAUUUGACAAAAUUGAUCCCAAAUGCAACUUAUUAUAUUAAAGUUAAUGCAUUCAACGCUGCUGGAGAUGGUCCAGUUAGUGAACAAUUACCAAUUGUAGUUACACCUGGAGUUCCAACAGCACCUACAAAUUUACGAGGUAUAUCAUUGAAGCCAACAAAUAUUCAUUUGACCUGGACACCACCUGAAGAUAUGUCAAGUGAUAGAAAAUUACUUGGUUACAAAUUGAAAUUUCGACCUGCUACAACUACCUCUUCUGCUGUAGACCAAAUAAGUGAUAUUAAAUCACCAUUAUCAUCAGCAUCUGACGAAGAAGAAAUUAAAAAACAGAAACAAAAAUCAUUCAUCACUGAAACACGUGAUAUUGAUGCAACAGCAACACAGUAUUUAUUAACUGAUCUAGAACCAAGUACACGAUAUUAUUUAAGUUUAGCCGGUAAAUCAAUACACGGUUAUGGAGUAGCUGCUCAAAUUGAAGUUCAAACAAAUGAUUACCCAUUUGAUCUACCUUCACCAAAAAAUGUACAAUUACGUACACUGACAAAUGUUAGUGCGAAAAUAUGUUGGGACCAACCAAAUUUACCAGAAUUAAUGUAUUCUACAAUAUCUUAUGAAAUUUUAUUCGGAUUAUCGAAUGAGUCGAUUAGUCCAUUAAAUGCUACAGGGAUUAUACCAUUACCACAAUCAAUAUGUUGUUGUUUCACUAUGAUGCAUUUACGACCCGGUACUGAUUAUCGUAUAUGGUUACGUUUAGUCAGUCAUAAAACUUUGCCAACAACUAUUAUCAAUAAUCAUGAUGAUAUGAAUAAAAAUGUAGCAUCAUGGCCAUCGAUCUAUUCAAAGAAUAAAAUCACUGGUCCAGUGUCUGAACUACAGGCAUUUCGUACAUUAAUAAGUGUCCCAAUGAAACCAAGAAAAUUACAUCUGGUGGACAUACACAAAAGAACUCGUUUAACGUCAGUAUUAUCACGAACGGAACAAGCUGGUGUACAUGGACAAAUAGACCUACCAUAUUUAUGUGUUGAAUUGGCAUGGGAUCCCCCUGAAGGUCUACACACUACAAAACAAAUCAGUUAUCAAGUAUUUGUUAGACUGAUAGGUCCGCAAGAAUUAAUAGAAGAACUAACAGAUACUACAAUAAGUUCCAGUGAAUUAUAUGGAUCCAGUUUAGAACGUGAAGGUGGUCAUCCACUAUUACAAAGGAGAUUAUUAGCUAAUGUUACUGGAAAUACAUUUAGAUCGUCAGAAAGUGACAGAAUUGGUUAUGGAUUAACCUACUUAUUUGAAGUUGCACUUAUGAAUACAAGUUCAGUAGGUCUUACAGCUCAAUUAGAGGUGACCACACCAGAUGCACCUCCUUCUAGCAGUCCACUACAUGUUCGCUUAAGUGGUUUAUCAUCAAGUUCCGUUGAAGUUAGCUGGGCUCCACCUCCUGUACAAUAUCGUAAUGGGAAACUCACUGGUUAUGAAGUUAGAAUUUUCGAAGUUGGUGCUGAAACACAAACUGAGACUAUAAUCAAAGUGACAGUACCAGGACAAAGACAAUAUACAGCAAGAGGAUUAAAAGAGAAAACAUUUUAUACAUUUAUGGUUAGAGCAUUUACUUCAGCUGGACCGGGCCCUUGGUCUGGUGCAAGUAAUAUACGUACAAGUAUUGAGUUGCCACCUCCACCCUUGGAUAUUCAAGCUUCAAGAAUUAACCAACAUCAAAUCAAAGUUACUUGGCGCAUACCAACACGUGAAGAUCAAAGUGGUGUAGGCAGUAAACAAAUUUCAAUACAAGGUUUUCGUCUACUCUAUUCUGCUAAUAAUAAUCCUUACGAAUCGGGUCAAUGGACCUCGUUUGAUGUUGGCCCAGUUAAUAUGGCCAUUAUAAGUCAUUUAGAAAGUAAAACGAGUUACGUAAUUUGUAUUAAAUCACGUGGACCAGAUGGUCGUUAUGGUGACUGCAGUCAGCCGGUAAUUAGUCGACUAGCCAGCGGUAAUGGUGAAAGUGAUUUCUCAGUACGUGGUUUAUUUUGUUCUGGAGAUGAUACCAGUGUGAAGGUUACUUGGCAACAGCCUAAACGAACAGAAAAACUAGAAGGCUUUAAAUUACGUAUUGGUGGCUCCAAAAAAUUCGCUGAUGAUGCUGGUGUAAUUAAACGUUUGGAAUUUCCAGCUCGUAGUGUUAGUGUAACAUAUGCUGCAUUACAUUCUGGUUAUACGUAUACAGUUAGUGAUCUGGAACCGAAUAGUGUUUAUGAUGUACAAUUAAGUGCAUAUUAUGAUUUAACAUUGAAUAUGCAAAGUAAUUGGGAAACAACAAGUUGUUUUACUCAAAUGCAACGUCCACCUUUCGUACCAACGCCAAUACCGGUUGCUGUAUCACCAAGUCGAUUACAAGUUUUGCUUCAGUUAAGUCGUGUCAGUGAGCAAUAUGGAAAAAUACGACAAUAUUUCCUAGUUGUUGCUCCCGUUCACUUAGCUGAUAGUUCCACCGAAAAAAUAAGUAUAGACACAACAAUUACAGCAUCUAGAGGUCUUCCAAGCUCGGAAACACGUUAUGUUGCAGCUCGUUAUUUGCAAGAUUAUUUUGAUCCCCCUCCAAGACAUUCUAGAAACUUUACACUUGGUAGUUAUAAUGUUAAAUCGAAUAGACCUCAAAGACAUGUUAAUUCAAGUCGAAUUCCACGUCAGACAACGGAUAAUGAAUUUUUAUAUGAGCAAGACUCAGAAAUUAUGUUUGAUAAUAAAGCUUUGGUUCUUGGACAAGAAUACAAGGCAUUUGUUAGAGCCUGUGUAUUUCAAGAAGAUCAGUCUACUUCUGAUGGCCCAGAAGCAUGUACAUCAUCUGCAUGGUCUCAUGGUUUUGGACCAGAUCGCCACCUUCCACCAUGGAGCGAAAUGAUGAAUAAGCAUUUAAGAGAUAGCGAAUUCAGAAACAAAAAUAAUUUAGAUACAUCUGAUAAUAGGAAUAGUAAUUCAUUAGGAUUUAGCCUAACACGUGGUUUGACGGGAUCAAACAGAGAUCUAUUUAUUAUUGGACUAGUUGCUGUUAUCGUUAGUUUGGCAUUAAUUGCCGUGAUAUGCAUUGCAUUUGGAUGUUUUAUACGUCGUAAACGUCGCCCGAAACUAAUUAACCAUUUAACUCCAAAUGAUUCGACAAUGAAACAACCACUGAUGCGAAUGAAUGAUUGUGGUCCAGCUAAUGGCAACAGUUUUCCUUUAAUGACAAGUGGAAUAGAAGUAAUAAAUACUAAUUUUACAUCCUCUGUCGACAAACGUGGAAGUUCGGUUGUUGGUAAUGAUAGUCUAAAAAGUGGAACUUUAAUCGCUGCCUCUUCACCAGGACCACCACAAUCCUCAUUAAUCUCCUCAAUAUCAGCCACAGGUAGACCAAAUCUGAUCACAUCAGCAACAUCGAGCCCACUUACAGGUAUUGCACAAUUGGAUCCAAGACAUCACGUUACUCAGGCUCCUUCUCCGAUAAUAGAUAUGUCAGUACACCAUGGUUAUUCACUUGGUUUGACAAAUUUCAAUAGUCCACCAGUAAUUCAACAACCAAUGAAUCCUUUUAUUUCUCAUCGAGGUGGGACUUCAAGCAGUCAUACAGGAAGUCAUCCAAGUUCUUUAACUGGCAGUGGAACAGGUGCAGCAUACAAUGUAAUGGGAAUAAAUAAUAACUGUGUUAGUGAAAAUAAUGCUGCUACAAUGUGUGACGGUUUAAUAAUUGCAAGAAAUGGCUUACCAGGUUCUGAAAGUGGACCUGAAUCUGCAUUUGACAUGCCGCACUUACCAUUUGAAAUGAAAGGUCAUUCGAUGCAUCACCCGAUCCCUGUUAAUCUUCUACCAGACCAUGUUGCACGACUUUCGGCUGCAGACAAUUUAUUAUUUUCACAAGAAUAUGAAUCUAUUGAAACUGAACAACAGUUCACAUGGGAAAAUUCUAAUCUUGAUAUGAAUAAACCUAAAAAUCGUUAUGCUAAUGUAAUUGCUUAUGAUCAUUCCAGAGUUGUUUUACAAUCGAUCGAUUGUGUUCCCGGUUCCGAUUAUAUCAAUGCCAAUUAUAUCGAUGGUUACAGACGGAUGAAUGCUUAUAUUGCUACUCAGGGUCCUACCCCCGAGACAUUUUCCGAUUUUUGGCGUAUGAUAUGGGAACAACGUGUAUCGAUUAUUGUAAUGAUGACUAGAUUAGAAGAACGUUCUCGUGUUAAAUGUGAUCAGUAUUGGCCAUUACGUGGACCAGAAUCAUUUGCAAGUGGCCUCUUAUUGGUCAAACCUGUUGAUACCAUUGAACUAGCCUAUUAUACAAUACGUACAUUUCAUUUAACAGCUCGUGGAAUCGAAGAUGAAUGUAGAGAAGUUAAACACUUCCAAUUUACUGGGUGGCCAGAUCAUGGUGUUCCUGAAUAUCCUAUACCAUUAUUAUUAUUUAUUCGACGUGUUCGAGCUACACUGACACCGAAUACAAAUAAUAUGUUUCAAUCCAAUCAUAAUGUGGAACAAGCACCAAUUGUUGUUCAUUGUUCCGCUGGUGUAGGAAGAACAGGUGCAUUCAUUGUAAUUGAUAUUAUGCUAGAAAGAUUGAAAUAUGAAAAAACUGUAGAUAUUUAUGGUUGUGUUAAAGCAUUACGUAAACAACGUAAUUUUAUGGUUCAAACAGAAGAUCAAUACAUUUUCAUACAUUCAGCUCUGUUAGAAGUAAUUGACGCUGGUAAUACUGAAGUACCAGCUAGAAAUCUAUCUGCUCAUAUUAAAAAAUUACGUAUGUUAGAUGCAACUGGUGGAUCAGGUAUGGAAUUAGAAUUUAAAAAAUUAGCACAGUUUCGAUUACCACAUGCGAAAUACACUUCAGCACAACAGGGUUGUAAUAAGAAUAAAAAUCGUCUAUUGAAUAUAUUACCAUAUGAAUCUACUCGUGUCCCACUACAACCUAUACGUGGUGUUGAAGGAUCUGACUACAUAAAUGCUAAUUUUGUGGAUAGUUAUCGUGAUCGUAAAGCAUAUAUUGCAACUCAAGCUCCAAUGGCGAAAACAGUAGAAGAUUUCUGGAGAAUGAUUUGGGAAUUGAAUUCUAAUAUUGUUGUAAUGUUGACUAAUCUGAAUGAACGAGGUCGAGAAUGCUGUUAUCCUUACUGGCCAACAGAGAGAUCAUCUAGAUAUCAGUAUUAUGUUGUUGAUCCUAUGGUUGAAUAUAAUAUGCCAAAUUACACACUGAGAGAAUUUAAGUUAACAGAUGCACGUGAUGGUCAAGCACGUACGCUUCGCCAAUUUCAGUUUACAGAUUGGCCUGAGCAUGGUGUACCUGAGAGUUGUGAAGCAUUUAUUGAUUUCCUUGGACAAGUGCAUAAAACCAAAGAACAAUUUGGACAAGAUGGUCCAAUUACUAUACACUGCAGUGCUGGAGUUGGUAGAACAGGUGUAUUUCUAGCUUUAUCCAUUGUUCUUGAAAGAAUGAGACAUGAAGGAAUUGUAGAUAUGUUUCAAACUAUACGAAUGCUUCGAACACAACGCCCUGGUAUGGUUCAAACUGAAGAUCAAUAUCAAUUUUGUUAUAAUGCAGUUUUAGAAUAUCUUUCAUCAUUUGAUCAUUAUUCAGUAUAA